AGGAUAGCAAACUUCACGGAGGUACUUCUAGUGUCUUCAGGAUAGCGUGCUUGUUGGAACCAGACCAAAAUACUCGCUUUAAAAAGAAAGAUGCCCAGAGCACCCCCCCAGGACCAAACUCAUUCCACUCGUCCUCUACGUAGACUAAGAUCCUCUAGAAUGGCAUUGCAUUGCAAUGGAACCAACCUCAAGGAAGAGAUCCAGUCCCCCUGCAAACAGCAGAAUAUAAAAUCUCAGUCCCAAUUCCCACUCUUGGUUCAGAUAGUUCACCCGUCGCCUGGAAAAAGUACCCUCAUAGCCACCCCAUUGUCUCCAAAACAGACGCCUCGACUUGCCCUCAGCCCUUGCAAACGCAUGGGUGAUGAAAAUGGAUGUAACCUAGAUGUCAAUCUUCAGGGCUCACCCCCUAAACGCAACCACCCUGCAGUAUCCUCCUCCCGCAAGCUAGGUUUUGAUGAAAACUCCCUCCUGUCACCUACUCGAGGGAUGGUAUCUGUGCUCCUCAAGCAGCCUCCAUCUCCCACUGGCAGACUUUGUACCAACAGAUCACAGGAGACACCUGAUGGAAACUCUUCUUGCCAACGAUCAGAGAAAAAAGCCUCGGUAGUGUGUCUUUUUGCUGAAAAAUCGAGGUUCCAAAAUGUGAAGAAGGCACUCCACACGGCGGUUCCAGAGCGCUUGCUGUCUAGGGAAACUGAGUGCAACUCCAUUCGCUCCUUCCUAGACAAGAGGGUGCUACAAAGAUACCCUGCCAGCCUCUACAUAUCUGGAGCCCCCGGCACAGGCAAAACGGCCUGCCUCAACCAUGUGCUGCAGGAGAUGAAGGUCGAGUUAAUGCCAAUACAGAUGGUGGAAGUUAAUUGUAUGACCCUGCGCAACUCCCAUGCAAUCUUCCCUAUCCUGGCAGACAAGCUUGGAGUAUGUGGCAGCCACACGGAGGCAAAGCUGCAAAAAAUAUUAACUAGCACUGGACCAACUGUUCUUCUAGUCCUGGAUGAGAUGGAUCAAUUGGACAGCAAAGACCAUGAUGUCCUCUACACAAUAUUUGAGUGGCCAUACUUGCCAAAAUCUCGCCUUUGUCUCAUUGGAAUAGCCAAUGCGCUGGACUUGACUGACAGGAUUCUUCCCAGGCUGCAGGCACUGCCUCAAUGUCACCCCCAGCUUCUGAAUUUCUCUCCCUACAGCCGGCAGGAGCUCACUUCCAUCGUACAGGACAGACUCAAACAGGUGUCAGGAGAAAAGCUGUUGGAUGCAUCUGCCAUCCAGUUUUGUGCCAGGAAGGUGUCUGCUGUAUCAGGAGAUGCCAGGAAGGCUCUAGACAUCUGCAGGAGAGCUGUUGAAAUGGUGGAAUCUAAUGACAGAAAGGAAAUGUCCAGCUCCACAGCAGGAACUAAAGUGUCUUGUGCUGGCGUGCCUCAGGUGGCACGUGUGCUGUCAGAGGUUUAUGGGGACCGCAUGACCACAUCUGUGAAUGGUGAGGGGGAGAGCAUCCCCUUGCAGCAGAAAUUGCUUGUGUGUUGCUUUCUACUGCUCACAUGCAAUGCCAAGACCAAGGAAAUGCCACUGGGCAAGCUUCAUGAGGUGUACAGUCGCCUUUGUGACCAGAGACAGGUCGCAAGUGUGGGUCAGGGCGAAUGCCUCUCCCUGUGCAGUCUACUUGAGAGCCGAGGUAUCUUUGGUCUUAAGAAGGCGAAGGAGGCUCGUCUCACCAAGAUCUCUUUGAAGAUUGAAGAGCGCGAUGUGGAGAAUGCUCUGAAAGAUCGUGCCCUACUUGGCAGCAUGUUGGCAGCUGGCCUCCCUUGACCUCGCCCUGUGUCGUCUGCGGACAUAACUAGAUAUUACCUAAUUUUUAUGGUUUUGUUUUACACUGGGUUGGUUGGGCAGUGUAACUAUACAACACCACAACAAACAAACACAAGCUUUAUUCCAUACUUUUUUUGUACAUCAUUCAAAUGACCAUUGAUGUGUUUGCUUUUUUUAAACCUCUUGGUAUGAGGCUGUUAACUUGCCAUUAUUAAUUGCGGCGAAUCUGUUGAUAAUACCUAAGAUAAGCUAAUACCUUGAGCUACCUUUUUUCUUCAUUGAUUUCAUGAAAUAAAAGUGUGAAUACUGAAUUA